CUACUGUUCGUUCGAGGCAAAGGAUGGCUGACUGUGGCAUCUGUCUUGAAGCUUUGAAGAAGCCGGUCUCCACUCCCUGCGGCCAUGUUCACUGCGAGGCGUGCCUCAGAAACUACAUUGUCUCUAGCAACGACGCGUUAAAAUCAACAUGUCCUACAUGCCGACAGGAAUUUCAUAUUGCCACACCCGACUUGGCUGUCGUCCCUGAAAAAUACCACGGUUUUAUCCUGCCUACGAUCCGCAAGCUGUAUAUUGAUAUUCCCUCGACUUCCAAAUUGGUUAAAAAGGUUAACUCGCUCAAAACCCAAGUCAAGGACCUCUCAAAAGAGAUCGAUCUCUUGGACGAGCGUUGUGACGGCCUCGAGCGCGAGGUUCAAGCUUUUGCUGAGGCGGAGCGUGCGACUCGAAUGGAGAUGCGCGCAUUGCAGAAUGAAUACGAGGAACUCAGUUACAAGUACGACAGCAUGGUAGCCUUGUGCACGGAAACCCACCGUUCACCUGGUCCAAGCCGCAGUAGCCACAAUAACGACGCAACUACCAGCUUGGAUAACGCCUCCCUUCCAGUACAGCUACGACCAAAGCGCGCACUCCCAAAAUCACGGCCGCACCGCUCUGCGCGACACUCUGAUGUUCCCAAUGUCCCUCUGGUGUCUAAAAGACAACGGGUCAGCCGACAUUCCGACGUACAUGAUAUUGAACGACCCCCACGUAAUGGAUAGGAUAACGAAUAACAAGUCUAGGGGGCUAUGUCAUAUGGAGACUCUGCGUGUGUUGUACCUUGAAUUUACAUUUUCUUGACUUACCACCGUCUUAUCCAAAUUUGUAUAUUAUAACGAUACCCUAGAGCCUUGUGUUAUUGUACCAUGCUCAUUUGGCACUGCUUUGGGAGGAUGGGCAUCCUUGACAACCAAUGGAUCUGUGUCGAGUUCGAUUCUUAGAAUCUGGGGGUGACUUGAAUACCCAUGAGAAAUGUUCCUGGCGUGUGAUUCACGUCAACGAUUUCAGGUGACAACCAACUGAUGAGAACUGCCGUUAUCCUUAUCAAUACUUCCAUAGUAC